UCUUUGAGGAGGCGAGGGCCAGUGAGAAGUCUGUCUAUUGACUGCACUCGGCACAUCUUUGACAGGCAAGUGCUAUGACCCAUUCCGAUGAAUUAUUACAAAACAAGAGCUGUUUUUCUUAACUCUUAAACUAACAGGAACACGUCAAAACACAUCGAAAGAAGACAAAACAGAUCUAGGCGGGGUAACUCCGUUUUGUAAAGGGUCUACGAUGUAAUGCAGGUUAUCACCCCUUGGUAUGAUGGAGCACGUCCUCUGUAAAUAUUGCCUUAUUGUGUCAAAGAAAAAUGAUGAGCGUUUUAUUAAAAAAGAAAAACAAGUGCAUUGUAUGAUAAAGGUUUGAAAACUAUUUUUGUAUGGCUUUCUCCAUAUUUGACGGAGGUCGGAUGGCCUCUGGACUUCAUUGCAAGCUAGACGUCCACUUAAGUACACUGAAGUCCUGCUCUACGGCCAUAGUAACCAAACGAUUUGUCUUUCACACCUCCAGUCACCAUGCCCGCUUUACCAGUGCUGCUGACUUUCGCAAUUUCCAUUAGUGUGGUCUCAGCACAAGUAGUCAUCUUCCCUCGCUGCAAGACCAGUGAGCAGAAGAUGGAGGUCAUCUACGCCAACCCGACAACAAAUCCUUACGACCUCUUCGCUACCAGUCGUCGAUCCACGUGCGGAAAACGCGCCGGCACCACCACCGGAAACGGAACCUACGCAAAUCCUUACGUCAUCAACGUGGACCUUAGCAACGGGUUGAGCUCCCAGUCUCCGGACUGCGGCGUUGUCAAAACCGGUGCUGACACCUACACAAUUUCAAUCUCGGUUGUCUUCUCUUGUGACGGACCUGACCCUAAUGACAAGGACUACACAUUCAGCUGCAACCUCAACCUACCGACUACCACCGUUUCGCCUUCAAUUAUUCAAUCGAGUAGCGCCAACUACUCGUGCCUUGCCCCCGGUACCAUCCUCUUCACCUACGAGCAGACCCUCAACGCCCCCGGUGACGUAUACGCGGCAGGCAAGGAGGCCACGUGCUCGAGGUCAGCAGGUCAGGGGUCAGGAAGUGGUGCUUCUGGUGAUCCUUACAUGUUGCAGAUCGACGUCAGCAGCACAGCCACAGACUGUGGAGUGAUGCUGCUGGGUCCCAGCACGUACUCCGUUCUGUUGCACGUGCAGCAAAUUCCUGGUGUCGUUACACGUGCUGACGUCAGCUUCCCUCUCACCUGCAAUUUCUCGGUUUCGGCAACCCAGGUCGUCAGGUCUGGCAUCGCGUCGGCAGGCAGCAAGCUUGCUCAGGGCACGGCCUCACAGUUGCAGCCGUCGGUGUCGCUGUACGUGGUCUCAGCGUCGUCGUCGUCGUCGUCGACAGGCGUGUUGUCGUCGUUCACAGUGGGUGACGAGAUUCGACUGGCAGCACAGCUUGUGGGGGGACCUGCAACCGGGCUUCACGUGCGUGACUGCACGUCGAGUGCUGGACCUGGUCUGACGCCAGUCCUGCAGCUCUUGGACCACAAUGGGUGUUCUAGCGGCAACAAGCUGAUGCCCCCGUUCGUGGCCCAGGGGUCAGCCGGCGCUGCGGCCUUGACCGCCAGCUUUCCCGCAUUCAAAUUCAACGGCUACGACACGGUGUACUUUGAAUGUGUCAUCGACUUCUGCUACAGGGACAACGACCUCGCCUGCCAGGGUAUCCACUGCGCUACUACUUCCCGACGCAAACGUGAAGCUGCUGACGUCAAUGAGACCUUGACGUCACGAUCAGUCUCCACCUACGUCACUGUGUAUUCCGAUACGUCAGAGGGGAAUGCCGCAGGUUCGAUCGUCAGGCCGUACUCGCAGCAGGGAGUGGUCAGAAGCAGUGGACAUCGGAAGCAGUGAUCGUCGUCGCUGUUCUCGGCGUGGGAUUCUUGCUGACCCUUCUUCUGUCUAUCGUUCUGGGAGUAAAGGUUGCGACCUUGACUUCAAGCUCUCCCACUUUGUCCAAGAAGUAGAAAAACAAACUUUCCUGAAACUUGUUUAUUUUCACAUAUCGUAAAAAAGGAGCGGAUGUAACUCUCAAAACACCAAGAAGAUAAAGAACCUCCACUCUCACUGUCAAGCUGUAACGUAGAAUGUGGCUGUUACACGUACAUGUAGGAGAGUGCGAAUUCCUAGUGACCUUUGCAUUAAACAUCUAAAAUAAAGUCUGUGCACAGCAUCGAAUUAACAGCCUUUGUUUUCUUUGAAUAUUUUUUCUUUUUACUCCUUG